CAUGUGUGAAGUGACCAUGGUUAUAGGCUUCUUAACCCUAAAAAUAUAGAGCCACCCCUCUCUCUCUCUCUCUCUCUAAUAUCUGAGUGUUUGAAAGAUCUAUCAAACUCUCCAAAACCCUUCCUUAAUCGAGUGCUUGCUUGAAAGAUCGAUCAACCUCUCCAAACGCCUCCUCCUCAGAUAUGGUUGCCACAACCUCGACAAACUGCACCAGCUUCUUCAACUUCCGGUCGGGCUCCGACGUGCCGAGGGUCCGCAGCCAAGCCGGCUCGCCGGGGUGCGGAAGGGUCGACGGCGUGGCCAUGUGGCUCUUCAACGGGGUCGCCUCCGCCUUCUUCACGUCCCUGGAGCGGUGCUCCUGCAUCCGCAUCGCGACCGUGGAGGACACGGACGACGGGAACGACCUGCCCCUCAUCCACAACGACGGGAACCUCCGGCGGGACGGCGGCUCCACGUCCUCGCGGAGGAGGAGGAGGAACGCCGGCGGGAAAGGUAAGAUGAAGAACGGAUCGUCGUUUCUUGAGGACUAGCGGAUGUCAAGCAAACGGUCCAAGACGGUAUUGUUUGUGAGCAGGAAAACCUAAAUAAUCUCUUAGUCAUCAUCAAUUAUGAGAGGUUUGUGAAAGGGUGGUGGUUGUUUGUGCUUAAACAACUCUCGGGUGGAUCCAGAUCAGUGGUGAACGAAGAUCAGUUUUCACUACUGGGUAUUUAAACAUCAAAUGGAUAUUGAUAAUUGUAAUUUGAUUUUGGGUGUUGAAUGUAUCCUCAGCUUUCUCAAA